AAAUGCCUGGAACAAGUAAUCGAAUAUGUACUUGGAAGAAGCUGGACAGUGAUGUUCCACAGUCUGUCUGAGACAGUAUUGAACUUUAUACAAAAGGCUUAUAGCAAUAUUUAUAAAAAGUGAAUCCAAUAUUAGGAAUGCACCGUGGAGUACCAUGUGACCCGAUGAGCUGCCUCUGCUGUCAGCACUGCUCUACAUAACACAUGGUGCAGCCAAGCACAAAAUCGGACAUGUCCCAUUGAUUUCUUUUUAUUCACAUAGCUAACAAAAGCUCCUAGCAAACCCAGACAGAAUACAUGACAUUUUAUUCACUGACUGCCAGGAUAAGGACUUGAUAGGAGAAAUCAAAUUCUGGAUGAAGUUGAGUUAAAAUAUAAUUACCUGGGAGCAAGCAGAAGAAGGGUGUCUUAAAUUUAUUUUGGUAGAGGUUAUCCACUCACAGGAUUGGACACAUUAUUCGUUGCCCUAAGGCAAUAUUCUACAGCCUCAGAAUUGUUUUUUUAAUUGUGGUCCAUCAGUGCCAGUUCCACACAACUAUGAAUUAUUUUUUCCAAGCGUUUUUUUGUACCGGGACCUGGAUUUAUUUAAUAGACUGAAUGAGCCUCCAUAUAUAUCAGAGAUGUGCCACUGACACUGGACUCUAUCUGUAUGACAUGACAGUGUGAAUAUGGGGGACUGGAAUUUGCUGGGAAGCAUAUUGGAAGAGGUGCACAUCCAUUCCACUAUUGUGGGAAAGAUCUGGCUGACAAUUCUUUUUGUAUUCCGGAUGCUUGUCCUUGGAGUGGCUGCUGAAGAUGUUUGGGAUGAUGAACAAGAUGAAUUUAUUUGUAAUACUGAGCAACCAGGCUGCAGGAAUGUUUGUUAUGACCAAGCAUUCCCCAUCUCACUCAUCAGGUACUGGGUAUUGCAAAUAAUAUUUGUCUCUUCUCCAUCCCUUGUUUACAUGGGCCAUGCACUGUACAGACUGAGGGCUCUGGAAAAGGAGAGGCAAAAGAAGAAAGCCCAACUUAGAGCAGAGCUGGAGGAACUUGAUACAGUUAUCGAUGAGCACAGGAAACUGGAGAGGGAACUUCGGAAAUUAGAGGAACAAAGGAAAGUGAACAAGGCUCCAUUGAGGGGAUCCUUAUUACGCACAUAUGUGCUGCAUAUACUGACAAGGUCAGUAGUGGAAGUGGGCUUUAUGAUAGGGCAGUACCUGCUGUAUGGAUUUGAUCUCGACCCCUUGUAUAAAUGCUCACGGUUCCCUUGCCCUAAUAUAGUGGACUGCUUUGUCUCAAGACCAACAGAAAAGACAAUAUUUAUGGUGUUUAUGAACAGUAUAGCAGCAGUGUCAUUGUUCCUGAAUGUUUUAGAAAUCUUCCAUUUAGGUAUCAGAAAAAUAAAGCAGGGGCUUUAUGGUAAACACAGUCCUGAGACAACUGAGGAUGAAAUAAGCAGUUGCAAGUCCAAGAAGAAUUCUGUGCAACAUGUUUGUAUGAUGAGCAAUUCCUCUCCAAGUAAGAUCAUCCCCUUGUCUUCCAGUAGCUACAAACUGCUGUCCGAUCAACAAAUGGAUCCAGCAGGACUGCCAGCUUACCUGCCCCCAUCCCAGGACUUUAAGGAAGCACAAAUGAUGAGUGACCAAAAUCAUUAUGGGAAAGUUCUUGCCCUUGACAAGCACAGGAAAACUUCAGACCAUAUUAGCAUUGAGCAACAGCGUGUCGGCCAUUGCAAGCAAAUCCCCCAUUCUGCAGAGUCCCACAGAAUUCCCAAUCACACUGACCAGUACCAUGGGCACAUUGCACAUAGACUACCCACAGUUCAGCCUACGCCUGCCCUCCAGAAGCGCAAUCUCUCCUCCAGCAGUGAAGAUUCCCAAAAGAAAUCUAAACACAACAAUGGUUUGGGCUCCAAAAGCUGCCUCAAAAGCCAGCAUUCCCUAGAUCAGCCCAGGCACAAUGCUGUGCACCCACUAAGGUCAUGUCUUCACUCCAGCCACAUGGAACUGCACUCUGCACUGCGCAAGUACAGCCGGGUUGGCAGCUGCAAGGACUUUGCUGAGGAUCGCAGUGAUUCUGCUGACAGUGGACAUAGAAAAGUGAGUUCUACAUCCAGAGGAUUAUCCGAGAGCAGACUGAUCAGUGACACUGAGAGUUUGGACUCUAGAAAUGGCUCUGGCUCUGAAUCUAGAAGGAGAGACGACAGUCCAAGCAUCACUCCACCACCACCAUCUGGUCGCAGGAUGUCAAUGGCAAGUAAAGCAGCCAGCCCUGGGCUAAUACUGCCCAGUGGUUCUUACUCUUAAUCUAGGCACCCUCAAUAUCAUUAUUACAUAUUACAAACAGUGAACAAAAAUCCCUUUAUAAAAAGGUCAUAGAGUUCAAAGCAUCAUGUUGAUUUUUCAAAUGUCUCCUGGGUUUGACAGAUACUGCUGGUGACAGAUGGCCUACACUUGCUGAAUGAGACAUUUCUGAGUGGAGUCUACCUGUCAUUAUGUGUGUCUGCCAUGAGCAUAGCACUUACCAUACUAUCAAUGGGAAGCAGUAACACACAGUUUUGGGAUGGGCAUUUUGACUGUGCUGUUUGCUAAUGUUUUUGCCACAGGCUUUAGAAUGCUACAGUAUAAUAUAUCCCAUAUCUGUACUUAUUUACAAUUCAAUGCACUGUAACAAUAGACAGCAAUAUAUAGUUUGAGGUAUCAUGGCGCUAUUAAUGAACCCAUAAAACAGCACUCUUAAAGGAGAACUAAACCCCCUUUCUCAUAAAAAACCCUACCCUCCAUAGUCCCUGCUCCCUCCUGCACAGGAGUUAACACAAUAAAUACCCCUAAAAUUGUAAUUACCCCUUGUUGCAGAGUCAGCACACGGGGGCCAUCAUUAGUCACUUCGUUAAUCUCUGUAAGGAAGCUCCGUAUUGGCGCAUGCAGCAUUUUCCCAGUUCGCUACAACUGCGCAUGCCCCGAAAGUGACAAAAAUUACCGAAGCGCCAGAAGACCUGAAGAUUAUCGAAUCGGCUAAAA